AUGGCAACCUACCGGCAGGGAGAUCGCCUCGAGGCGCUGGAGCGGAUCCUAUCCCACCUCCCGUCCGACGAGGCCACGCGCGCCACCGCGCUGUCCCGCCGGUGGCGCCGCGUCUGCGACGGCGUGCCGGUCGUGGACCUCGUCGACCGCAAGACGGACCGCCGGGGGCGGGGAAUCAACCUCCCUGUGUGCUUCGACAGCAAGGUGACGGGCGCCAUCUUCUCCAAGGGCCCCACCACGCCGAUCCGUGUCCUCCGGCUGCACGCGCGCCAGCCGCCGGACGACCUACUCGACAGCUGGAUCGCCACCGCCGCCUCCUCCGGCGCCGAGGAGAUCGACCUCGCGCUGCACUGGUUCGGGAAGGCCGACUUCGGGGAAGACGUCAGGGGCAGCUACACCAGGACGCCGCGCCAGCUCUUCCGGUGCGCCAGGCUGCGCCGCCUGCGCCUGGCCAACUGGACGCUCGACCUGCCCUGGGGCGUCGUAGUCGCCGCGUCGCUCCAGACGCUCUGCCUGAAGCGGAUCAUGGCGCCUGCCGCGGUGCUGCAGCAGCUGGUCUCGAGCUGCCCGCACCUCGCCGACCUGACGCUCGAGGAGUGCCCGACCGCCACCACGAUCACCGUGUCCAGCGACCGCCUCCAGAGCUUCGCCAUGGUCGGCGGGUCGUGCUGCGGACACAGUGCCUGCGGUCCCUACGCUACAAGGGCGGCCUCCCUUCGGACACGUUCCUAG